UAUUAAAAAAAACGUCUACACGUCACCUUAGUGUUCUGUCAGUUUUUCAGGAUCUGGAAUUGUGAUUUUUAUGUUAUAUUUGCGAAAUUAAAAGCUUAAAAAGAUGGUGCUCAUAGCGGCAACAGUAUGUACAAAAUCGGGAAAAGCAUUGGUUUCCCGUCAAUUUGUGGAGAUGACGAAGGCACGUAUAGAGGGCUUGCUCGCUGCGUUCCCGAAGCUUAUGACUGGAGGUCGUCAACACACUUUUGUGGAAACAGAAUCUGUCAGAUAUGUCUACCAGCCCCUGGACAAGCUGUAUAUGCUGCUCAUCACCACCAAGGCCAGCAACAUCCUUGAGGACCUGGAGACACUGCGGCUCUUCAGUAGAGUUGUCCCUGAGUACUGCACUCAGCUGACCGAGGCGGAGGUGUUGAACCAGGCGUUCAACUUGCUGUUUGCUUUCGAUGAAAUUGUAGCUCUCGGCUACAGGGAGAGUGUCAACUUGGCACAGGUGCGCUCAUUCGUCGAAAUGGAUUCGCAUGAAGAAAAAAUUUAUCAAGCUGUCAGGCAGACCCAAGAACGGGAGGCAGCGAAUCGUAUGCGAGAGCGCGCGAAGGAACUACAGCGAGAGAGACUUGAAGCUGCCAAGCGAGGCGCCCCGCCGCGCAGUCAGAUGUCCUUCGGAAGCGGUUUCGGCAGCUCAUCGAUGUCAUCUUCAGCGUCUAUUGAGCCCGUCGCAGAGAAGGUGCCCAGCACGCCGGCGCGUGAUACCCGUCCCGCGGGCCGCUCGGCCAUGAAGCUGGGCUCGCGCGGCACGGACACGGAGUCGUUCGUGUCGCGGCUGCGCAGCGAGGGCGACGCCGUGCCCGCCGCCGCCGCGCCCGCCACAGACCACGCCAAGCCGCCGCCCAGCGACCACAAGGAUGUACACCUUCGCUUUGAAGAGCGUCUCUCUCUGGUCGCCGGCCGAGACGGCGAUGUACAGAACUUUGAGCUAAGCGGUUUGCUCACACUUCGCAUCAGCAACGAGCAGUUCGCACGCAUUCACGUUCACGUUGACAACAAGGACACCAGGCCCCUACAGCUGCAGACCCACCCCAACGUCGAUAAGGAAGCGUUCCGUUCGUCCGGCGUGAUCGGUCUGAAGCAGUCUCAGCGCGCCUUCCCGCUCCACUCGGACGUCGGCGUCCUCAAGUGGCGCCUCAACGCCAACGACGACAAGCUCGCCCCGCUCUCAGUCAACUGCUGGCCAUCAGAGGGCGCUGGUGGCGGUUGUGACAUCAACAUCGAGUAUGAACUGGAACACGACCAUUUGACCCUGAAUGAUGUCAACAUACAUAUACCGUUGCCGUCUGGCAACACACAGGUGGUUGUUCACCAAUGGGAAGGCAGCUACGCACAGAAGGGCCGCACUCUGAUCUGGAGCAUACCUAUCAUCAAUAAGCAACAGAAAUCUGGCAGUCUUGAGUUCACUGUUGCCCCAGCUGUUCCAAACGAUUUCUUCCCUCUAACAGUGAUGUGGACCUCGGACACGUCUCUAGCCCUCCUCAAAGCCGUCAAGGUGACCCAGGCUGAGGACAACUCCCCAGUCGACUUCUCCCAGGAGAUCAGCUUCCACCCAGACAAGUACGAGAUAGUCUAGGGCUAUAGCGUGUCAGUCGAUGUUAACAGACGUUUGUUCCAAAUAUCCAAGCUAGCGAGAUUCUGCGGCUUCAAGCUCAGCAUGCAGCAUACGCCACUCAAGUAAUUCUAUCGCCAGCUUUUGUUAUUCACGCCGCGGAAAACACGCGUUUUAGCUGCGUGAAUUAUGGGCGAAAAUAACCUGUGACCUCUUUUGAAGUUCUAGUUAAUGUCAAAAGUAAUUUUAAUGAAAUAGGAUACUACCAGACCUAUAGUUACUUUCCCUUUAACCGACUUCAAAAAAGGAGGUUACUUUAUGCCAAGCUGGUAAUAUUAUUAUGAAAUGGUUUAUGUAACAUCAAGCUUUAAGCUUCAGUACGUUAGCUAAAAAUACAAACGGUAACACCGACUGACGGCAAAUAAUAUAAUAUUUAGGCUUAGUUUGAAAUUUGAUGCUUAUAUUAAAUUAAAUAUGAUUGUCUUAGAAUAUUGUGUUAAAUCAAUAAGUUACUAUUUGUAUUACAUUAUAUUGUUAUAAUAACAUUCCUUACAAAAGGGUGCCAGAUUUAAAAAGUAUUUAAAAUUAUAUAAAUUAUUAGGUAUACAGCAUUUUACGUCAUGGCAACACCCAAUUAAAAAGAAAGUAUCAUGUUGAAACCAUGAUUUUUUCAUAUUAAUCAAAACUAACGAUUGCCAUAAGAAAAUAUACACCUGCAGCACCUCUGUAUGUUUCAAAUCGAAAAAGAAAACAUGAUACUUCAUGAAACGGUAAUAUAAAUAAAAAAACACACGUCUGCCUAUAGUUUUAUAGAAGUUGUCAUGAAUAUUAACUGUAACGUUUUACAGCAUUCGAUAACUCUACACCACAUCAAACAUGUAUGUACUUGUAUAGAUCGUAUAAACCUAUUGUAUAAAAUAAACAAUAAAAUAAAUAUAAA